AUCAUCGGCUUGACAGCGCUCCUUUCGCUUUCGUCCUUCGCUGCUGCUGACGAGGCCCUCCCUUGGGACGGACGCGUGCAAGAUUUAGAGGUGAACACGCUCGCGAACAAGUACCUCGCGGACGUUCUCUUUGGGCACGCGAAUCCGACCAGCUACGUCAACGUCACGCAGACUGGCCGCUCUCCUGCUUACAACGGCGACACCGGCAUCAUCACCCUCGGCGUCGAUGCGAAGGCCGUCUACAAGGGCGAAACCAGCACCCGCCGCUCGGACCUCAUGCAAACUGUCGCCGCCAACUCCGAGGGCACCACCUUCUUCCGCACGAGUGUCAUGAAGGACAAGGCGUUCCUCAACCCGUACGUUUGGCAGUUGGUCUUCCCUGGCUCCUACCUCUUCGAGAUCCGCGUGGAUGCAGCGGCAAACCCUCCGAUGAUCUCGUACGUGAACGAUGGCAAGACCGAUGCCAAGUGGAAGAGCGAGUUCGUUUCCGGUACUUGGUACAACUUCGGCGUCGGCGUGACCAAGUCGCAGAGCGGCAGCGGUACGGUGCUCGCGUUUUACACGAGUCAAGGCGAUAAGGACCUCGUUCUUGAAGGCACCCACGAAAUUGCGCCUGCGCUCCCUGCGUCGUUCGAGUAUCACAUCGGGCUUCUGACGCAGUCUGCCGAUGGUAGUGACCCUGUCAUGAACGCGGAGAUGGAGACGAUGUUGUUCAAUGGGGUCUCGAUCGAAACCAGCGUCGUCACGGCAGCGGCUGGAGCGGCUAAUACCCCAGCG